UUUUGAGUGAGAAGUUAGUGAAAAAGACGGUUCACAUCACACUGGGGAUCCAUGAAGAAAAGAGGAUGUGAAAGUCAGCCUUCCCUGAGUGACUAAGCCUCCUUCUCUGUGUGACCUUGAACAGGGCUGAAGAAGGUGGGCCACCUCCACCUCCGGGCAUGAGGAAGGGAUGUUGCUGAGGCUGCUGUUGCUCAUGCUUUGGGGAGGGCCCCUGGCUCAGGGUUCAAGCUCCUGGCUGAAACUACAGAAGUUGGUAACAGUGCAGGAAAGCCUGUGUGUCGUGGUGCCGUGCCAAUUUUCCCAUUCCUGGAUGAUCUCUAGAACCCAUUACAUGUUUUGGUUUAAAAAAGAAGUGAAUAUGAAGCAUGAUCUUCUAGUGGCCACAAAUAAACCUGGACAGAAGGUGCUGGAGAGGACCCAGGGCCGGUUCUUCCUCCCCAAGGACCCCCUGUCCAACAACUGCUCCCUGAGCAUCCAAAAUGCCAACAGGAGGGACAGUGGGCUGUACUUCUUCCGAAUAGAAAAUUACUUCGGGAAUGCACACUCCUAUACAGAUGAGAUGCUCUUUCUGAAAGUGACGGCCCUGACCCACACACCUGACAUCCUCACCCUGGGGACCCUGGAGUCUGGCCACCCCACGAACCUGACCUGCUCUGUGCCCUGGGCCUGUGAGCGGGGCACAAGCCCCCUCUUCUCCUGGACAUCAGCUGCUCACACCUCCCUGGGCCCCAGGACACACUUGUCGUCCAUGCUCACUCUCACCCCACGGCCUCAGGACCACGGGACAAACCUCACCUGUCAGGUGCAGUUCCCUGCAAUGGGUGUGGCUGUGGAGAGAAUUGUCCAGCUCCAUGUCACCUAUGCUCCACGGAACAUGGCCAUCCACAUCAUCCAAGGAAACAGCACAGCCCUCAAGAUUCUGCAAACCACAUCCCUUCCCAUCCUGGAGGGCACGGCUCUGAGGCUGCUCUGUGUAGCUGACAGCAACCCCCCUGCAGCAAUGAGCUGGUUCAGGGGGCCCCCAGCCCUGAACGCCACCCCCAUCUCCAGCACCGCGAUCCUGGAGCUGCCUAGAGUGGGGGCUGGAGAAGAAGGACAGUUCACCUGCCAGGCUCAGCACCUGCUGGGCUCCAGAAGUAUCUCUCUCAGCCUCUCUGUGGUCUACCCCCCACAGCUGCUGGGGCCCUCCUGCUCCUGGGAGGACGAGGAUCUGAACUGCAGCUGCUCCUCGAGAGCUCAGCCGGUCCCCUCGCUGCACUGGCGGCUGGGGGAGGGGCUGCUCGAGGAGAACCCCAGCAACGCCUCCUACACCAUCACCUCCUACUCCACGGGGCCCUGGGCCAACAGCUCCCUGAACCUCCGCGUGGGGCUCGGCUGUGACCUCAGACUGAGCUGCGAGGCAGAGAAUGUCCACGGGGCCCAGAGCGCCAGUGUCCUGCUGCUGCUGCUGCCGCCGCUGCCGCCGCUGCUGCCGGGUAAACCAGAGCCCAGGGACUGUGGGGCCGUGGGAGUGGUUGGGGGAGCCGGCAUCACGGCCCUGGCCCUGCUCUCCCUCUGCCUUUGUCUCAUCUUCAGAGUGAAGACCUGCAGGGAGAGAGCAGUCCAGCAACUGCAGAGAACAGACAAUGAUGUGAACCCAGUCGUGAGCUCAGGCGCCAGGGGGCAUCAGCAUCUGUUCUUGACAGACAGCCCUUCAGCUCACCCAGCCCCUGAUGGUGUCAGGCCCACUGCAAAAGAAGAACAGGGGCUCCACUAUGCCUUCCUCAGAUUUCAUGAUCUGAAGCUUCGGGAACAGGAAGAUGCCAACACUGUGUACUCGGAGAUCAGGACACACAAGUGAGGAAUUACUUCUCACAGUUCUGGAGGCUGGAAGUCUUCAAUCAACGUGUCAGCAGGCUUGGUGUCUUCUGGGGCUUCUCCCUUGGCUUGUAGAUGGUUGUCUUCUCUCUGUAUCUUCAUAUAGUCCUCCCUCUGUGGUCCAAAUCUCCUCUCCUGAUAAGGACACCACAGAUAGUGAAUUAAAGCCUAACCUCAUAACCUCAACUUAAACUGAAGUAUCUCUUUAAAGACCUUAUCUCUGCCUUGGCUCGUAGCUCAUUUGGUUAGAGCAGCAUCCCAAUAUGCCAAGGUUCAAGUUCAAGCUCCAGUCAAAGCAUCAACAAGAAGCAACCAAUGAAUGCAUAAGUAAGCAGAACAACAAAUUGGUGUUUCUCUCGCUCUCCCUCCCCACUUUCUCUCUCUCUCUAAAAAAAACAAUGAAAGAGAAAGUGGCAAAUAUGUGAGCUAAAAAAAACAAACACUAUUGUGAAAAAUAUGAUGCGUAAAGGGGUCAAACAUAAAAUAUAAUAUUGAAAUGCCACACUAUUGUAACAUAAUUCAGGAAAGUAUAAAUGGAAUUUUGAUCUGAUUAAGUCUUUAUGUUAUUCAGGAGAAAACAAAAUGUUAUGAUAGGCUUUAGAUUUUGCUAUUUUGCUGUUGCAAGAUCAAGGAAAUUUUCUAAAAGACUUGACUCCAGGUUUAUCAUCUCCAAACUAGAAGUAUAAGAGGUUCUGGAAAUAUUUUUCAAUCAAACCAGAGAGAGCAAGAGAUGGGAGAUUAAGAGGGAAAAAAGAGAAUAGAACAUAUAGAGUACAAAUAUAAGAUUACAUAUUUAGACCCAAAUAUAUCUUUAAAAUCAUAUUAAGCAUAAAUGGACUUCAUGCUCUCAAUAAAAUACAAAUAUAGUCAGAAUAGGGGAAAAUGUGUCUGUAGGUUGUUUACAAGAGAUCUAUGUAAAACCUAGAUUAGUGUUUGAUUGACUU